AUGUCUGAAGCUCCAACAUCUUUUGCUGCAGUCACCCAUGGGCACCAGGACCAUGUGGGAACUCUGCCAGCGCUGCUUGAAGCCUUCCCCACGGCUCAGGUGGCAAUGCACAUCCUGGAGGCGCCCUAUGCUGGCGGCGGUGCCAGCUAUUGGAAGGUGCCCACCGACAACUGGUCAUAUGCCGUCCUUCGCCGCCUCCUCCCUGACACCAACCUGCACCUGCCAAAGGAGCGCGAGAGUGGGGAUGUGGCAGAUGCAAAGGGGCCAGCGGGGAAAACGCCAGAAUGGGUGCCGCCCAGAGGGCUACUGGAGUAUGUGCUUGUGCCAGGCCAUUCCCCAGGCCAGAUUGCCCUCCUGCACCGGCCGUCAUCCAGCCUCCUGCCCGCUGAUGUCAUCACCAAUUUGGGCGGCAUCAGCCUCUUUGGAAAACCUGUCCCUGCUGCUCUGGGAUUCCCUCCUCCAGGCAGCUCCCAUAACUGGACGCAGCAUGCGCUGGACUGGCGAGCACUUGCGCGGCUCGAUUUCAAAACCGCAUUUCCUUCACACGAUAUCCAGACCGGCGUGCCCAAGGCCGCAGUUGUGGAGUUUGCUGAGAAGCUGGCCAGAAGCUGA